AUGCCGCGACGCUCGGGUCACUCCAACCCGGAUGAUCAGAAUGAGAACAAUUUACGUGUCUGGGUAGGGAACAUCCCGCCUUCUGUGACUUUUUCGUCGCUGGUAUCGGCCUUGCGGGACUGCGAACUGCCUACGUGGACACAUGUGUUACUGAAGAAGGGCGCCAAUCGGAAUUUUGCGUUUAUUUCCUUCGCUGAUAUUGAAGAUGCCAAAACGUGCGCACGGAUACUUCACAAUCGCCGCGUCUUUUCAGACUCCGAAGUACCUCUGAAGGCGCAAUUGGAGAAGCCUCGAGAUGGUAAUGAUUUACCGUCCGGCAGUGCCAAUUCAGCGGAUCUGAAGGGAUCACAUAGCUCCAAUCGCCAAAGAUCGGGCUAUAAAACCAACCUAGAGGGUGCAACCCACGUGUACGAAGUGUUGCAGGACGCAGACGAGUCGACGUUGUGGCACGUUUACAAGAACGAGGAUGGCAUUCCGUACUAUUACAACCACAUUACAGGCUGUACGCAGUGGGAGAGUCCGAUUCAACCGUUGGUUGCCGUUGCGAACUCGGUGAAUGAGCGUACCCGUGUGGGAUCGCCGGACGGCACGAAUUUGUUUAUUUUUCACAUCCCCUCAUGCUGGACGGACGAAGACCUUGCCAUGCACUUCACUCCUUUCGGCAAUGUUGUUUCGGCUAGGGUGCAGAAAGAUGCCAAUGGACUCAAUGCAGGUUUCGGUUUUGUUAGUUACGACAACUGCCAGAGUGCAGCUGCGGCACUACGUUUAAUGAAGGGCUACGCCACUAAUUCAAAGUUUUUGAAGGUCGAGUACAAGAUGAAGGAAAAUGUACGCGGCUAA